AUGGAGCCUGUUGGUGCGGAAGUGGACAGAGGCGAAAGGGACCAGAGUGAGGAAAUGGUCAGAGCCGAGACAGAAAUAUGGUCCAAGCCCAAGAAUGGAAGUGUAUUUCCCAAAAAGAAGAGGCUGGUGAAGAGUAUGAUGCUUUAUUCUUUUACCUCUGCUUUCAGCUCUCCCAACGGUACUUCUCCUUCCUGUAAUGCCCAAGAACAUAACAAUGCUAGUGGUCGUUACACAAACAUGGGUAAGUCAUCAAAAGUAUCAGAUGCAGAUUGA